AUGGCUAGAUCUGUCGAAGAGAUUUUACGUGAUCACAAGGUAACGCCAGCUACUUGUGCAUUCAUAAAUGGUAUACCUCAUGUAGGGUUAUCAGUAUCGCAGAUCCAGAAAUUUGCUGAAUCACCUCGCCACUCAAUUACAAAAGUCUCACGCCGUGAUAUAGGUUAUGUUAUGGCCAACAAAUUAAAUGGUGGCACAACAAUUGCCCUGACUAUGAUUUUAUCCCACUUGGCAGGGAUUAAGUUUUUUGCCACUGGUGGUUUAGGUGGAGUGCAUCGUGACGUACCAGGAAACUUUUCCAUGGAUGUUUCUGCUGAUUUGACCGAAUUGGGACGUACUCCAGUCAGUGUUAUAUGUGCAGGGCCUAAAUCGAUUUUAGAUAUUGAAAAGACAUUGGAAUUCUUGGAAACUCAAGGGGUAUUUGUUGGCACAUACAACGAAGAUGGGAAGCCAGCUGAAGACUUGAAGUUGCCAGGCUUUUACUGUCGAGAAUCUUUAGCUGCAUCGCCAUUUGGAUUUGAUAGCUUUGCAGGUGCUGCUUCCAUUGUCCAUAAUCAAAAUUUGAUGGACUUGCAAUCGGGAAAUGUAUUUUGCAUUCCACCGCCAAAAGCUACAGCAUUAGAUUCGAACUUUAUCAAUGAAAUAAUUGAUAAAGCGAACAGGAAAGCUAGAGUCGAGGGUAUUUCCGGUAAACAGUUGACUCCCUUCUUGCUUAGCGAGAUUGCCCAUGCGACAAAAGGGAAAUCUGUUGAUUGUAAUAUAAGCCUUGUCAAGAACAAUGCGAGAGCUGCAGCUCAGAUAGCAAAUGAGUAUUACAAAUUGAGUUUGACCCCAACGGCAUUGGUCAGUGGCAAUGAGGAUACAGCUUCUGAAAAGGGUAGAAGUAAUCAAUCAGAGUCAGACAGAGCUGUGCAAGGCAGUAAUCCCAUAAGGUUAUUAGUUGUCGGUUCAGUUGCUUUAGAUACCAUAAGUACGAUAUCAACCAAACCAAAGCUUAAAGACUCAAACAUUGGUAAAAUUACAAACUCUAUUGGAGGGGUUGGCUAUAAUCUAGCUCUAGCUAGCAGCUACGUCUCUGAGAAUACCAGGCUUAUCUCUCGCGUGGGGACUGAUUUUGCUGGUGACACACUAAUCCACCAAAUUGAAAAAGAAGGUAUUGUAAACCUGACAUUUACAAGAGGUUUAGGAAACAGUGCUCAAUAUUCAUGUGUACAUGAUGAUAAAGGCGAUUUGAUUGUAGCGUGUGCAGACAUGUCCAUUAUAGAAGAGCCGGGGUUUCUGGAACAAGUCAUUGAUGAAAUUACUCAUCAAAAACCUAACUUUGUUCUUAUGGACUGUAAUUUGUCAUCAGAUGCGAUGAGCAGUAUAGUUGAGCAUUUCCAGGGCCAAAAAAAUGGAGCGCCUGGCUUUAUUAUUGAGCCGACAUCAUAUAUCAAGGCCCAACGAUUAUCGCAAGUAAAUUCAGCAGUUUUUCCCCAUAAUAAAAUUAAAUUGAUUACACCGACAGUUGAAGAGUUAAACACAGUCUAUGAAUCAUUGGAGAAAACUUAUAAACUUGAUCUUGAAAAAUGGUUUCCUAUCCUUGAUGCCAUGAACAUCAAUGGUGCAAUGAGGGAUAAGUUGAUGAAACUUGAUUCAAAGUUGUGUGCAAGGGGCGUUUUCCAACAAUGUUUCCACCUUUUACCAUUUUAUCAAAAUAUAUUGGUCAAAUUGGGUGACAAGGGGAUCUUGAUGGUUAGUUUAGUUACUAAUCAUACUGAUUUGAAAAGUAUACCAACAACGUCAAAGUACAGACCUACUGCAACAGUAGUUAAUGAUGCGGAUAGCAAGUUGGGAGUCGUAGUGGAAUACUUUGAUGUUCCUAUAGAGAAUCAGAAUUUGUCAGUGGUGAAUGUGACUGGUGCCGGAGAUACUAUGGUGGGAUAUUUGGCUGCAAAAUUGGCUAAUCUCAACAAUGAGGAAAACUGGUUGAAUAGUGAGGUUAGAUCGUGUGAACAGGUUUGGACCAAGUGGGAGAGUAUACACAAGGCGCAAUUGGCUAGUGGAUUAACCUUGAUGAGUGAAAAGUCGGUUAGUGAAAAGAUAUCAAGUUUAUAA